AUGGUCACUUUGCUUCAAAGAGCAGAUUUGGCGCUCCCGAAUUAUUCGGAACUGGAGCUGGAAGGAUCAUCAUAUACGAGAAAACCGAUCAUCAUAAGAGCUCAAAAGAAGAAACGAGAGAUAUACACGUUUGUCUUCAACUUUCAACGCUUUAUGAAAAAGACUACGAGUGCCAGUGACAACCAAAACGUUUCGCAGUUUUUGAGCAAAGCUGGCGAGAAACGAAUUGCAAUUGAGAAAGAAUUGUGGGCACAGAUCGAUGUAUCUGGUCUCCUUUUCAAAGUUCAGGAAAUCAUAGAUCCGAUGAUGGUACUAAUGCUCCAGAACCUUCAAUAA